GUUAAUUCCGGAUCGCCGGUGGUGGCGGGCGACACGACUUUCCUGACGGCGCUCCUCAGGUCCCACGGCUGCGAUUCCUCGCGCGGUCGACCGUGCUCCGGGACGCAGAGUCGCCGAGAUCCGCGCGCGGGUGGUCACCUAGGAGUCCAGCCGAGUGAUUCGCGUCCCCGUUGUCGCCCGUCGGCGCCGUGACCGCCUGCCGUCGUCGUCGAUAUCGGAUCCUCUCGAAGCCGUCCGUCGUCCGCGGGGAGGACAACCUCGGGUCUCCCGAUGUUUAGCCGUGACCGAGAUCAGAGCAGGGGCCGCCGUGGCGGUACUGUCAAGAUAGGGACAAGUACUGGCAGAGGCGGCACCGAUAAUGGACGCGGUACCAGCAGAUUUGGCACACUUAGUAGAGGAAGCGCCAAUAAUGUGCGAGGAGGAUUAAAAGGAAAGCAACCGGGUGGCGGUCUAAGGAAAGUAAACUGGGACCUUCGUACUUUAGAACCAAUACGCAAAGACUUUUAUAUAGAGCAUCCCGCAGUUAGGAACAGAUCUAGCGAAGAGGUGAAUCAAUUUCGAGAGAACGCAGAAAUAUCUGUGAAGGGUGAAAACGUUCCUAAUCCCAUACAAUAUUUCGAGGAGGGAAACUUCCCGCCUUAUGUAAUGGAGGGCAUUCGUAGAGAAGGAUAUUCGCAACCUACUCCAAUUCAAGCCCAAGGAUGGCCUAUUGCCCUUAGCGGCAGAGAUCUUGUUGCAAUCGCUCAAACUGGCUCUGGAAAGACACUUGGAUAUAUUUUACCUGCAAUCGUCCAUAUCAUACACCAACCGCGCAUAAGCAGCGGGGAUGGUCCAAUUGUCUUGAUCUUAGCUCCAACCAGAGAAUUAGCUCAACAAAUUCAAGAAGUGGCUAAUAGUUUUGGAGAAACUGCAGCUGUAAGAAACACAUGUAUCUUCGGCGGGGCUCCAAAAGGACCACAAGCGCACGAUUUGGAGAGGGGCAUUGAAAUAUGCAUUGCCACACCAGGUAGACUUAUAGAUUUCUUAGAAAGAGGAACUACAAACUUACGUAGGUGUACGUAUCUAGUACUUGAUGAAGCCGAUCGCAUGCUAGAUAUGGGAUUUGAACCCCAGAUACGAAAAAUAAUUGAGCAGAUACGCCCUGACAGGCAAGUGCUCAUGUGGUCGGCGACGUGGCCUAAAGAAGUUCGUGCGCUCGCGGAGGACUUCUUGACAGAUUAUGUUCAUCUCAAUAUCGGCUCUUUAACCCUGUCGGCCAAUCAUAACAUCACUCAGAUUAUCGAUGUUUGUCACGAGCACGAGAAAGACUCGAAGCUGUAUAGAUUGCUUCAAGAGAUCGGCACUGAAAAGGAGAAUAAGACCAUCAUAUUUGUGGAAACUAAACGUAAAGUAGACGACAUUACGAAAAAUAUUAGACGCGAAGGGUGGCAAGCUGUGAGUAUUCACGGUGACAAGAACCAGCAGGAAAGGGACCAUGUGUUACAAGAAUUCCGCAGCGGAAGAGCGCCGAUUAUGGUCGCGACUGAUGUAGCCGCUAGAGGCUUGGAUGUCGAUGAUGUGAAAUACGUGAUAAAUUUCGAUUAUCCAUCUUCGUCGGAGGAUUACAUACACAGAAUCGGUCGAACUGGACGUAGGCGGCAGACCGGAACGGCGUAUGCGUUUUUCACUAGUCACAAUAUGAAGCACGCCGGAGAUUUGAUAGAAGUUUUACGAGAGGCCGGACAGAAUGUCAAUCCGCGUCUUAGUGAAAUGGCAGAGAUGGCCAAGGCGGGAAACUUCAGCGGCAGAGGUGGAAAACGUUUCGGCGGUUCUUCUGGUGGUAACGGCGCUGAAAGGGGUAAUGGCCGAAGAAGUAAUGAUGGUAGAGGAAGAGGUGGCGGUUCGGCAAGAGGAAGAGGCCCUCCUCGUAGCGGGACUUCUUAUCAGCCUUCUUCGAGCGUUUAUUCGGGAUCGGAUUAUAGUAAUUAUAAUAAUGUGAAACAGAAUACUUCUUUGGGCCAGAACACGGCGUACGGAUAUAGCACGCAAAGAAGUUACGGGCAGGGAAGUAUGCCUCAAAAUUACGGAGGUGGCGAUAAUUACGGAAGUGGUUAUUCCUACAGAAGCACAACUUAUUAAUUCCGUUUUUAAUGAGUGAUUGAUAGCACGUAAUAAUUCGACGAUGUAAAAUGUGUCAUGUUUAGUUAUAGUAGGAGUCGACAGGAUACAGACAAGAGCCUAUACAGCCUAUAAUAAAAAAAGGACUUAUAUAGAAAAUGAAUAGUAUAAGUAACGCGGCAUAAAAUAAUGAAAAUAUCGGUGCGAUAGUAUAUAUUACAUUCUACAUCAUACUAUCAAGUGAAUAAUGAUCGCGUCUAAUGUUUGCAAGUCAACAAUUAUAAGUUUGUUGAAUAUAUAUGUAGCACAUUUAUUCGUUUGCAUAUAUGUCGAAUUUGCAGUGAGUAAAACCGAAGAAAUUUCGAUACAAUUUUAGUUGCAGUUGCAACUCUAAUUUUGCAAGUUAUUCUCGUUUAAAACAUGUUAGCGGGACAGAUAUUUAACGAGAGCAGAAAAAUGUAAAUUCUUAUAAGUAGUAUUAGAGUGUAAUCAUUAAUACGCUCAAGUAUUGAUUUUUCUUUAAACGAUUUUAAGCUCCAUUUUAUAAUAGUUAAAUAUUUUAUUUAUAAAUUUUAUGAAUCGUUACAGAAUUUUACCGCAAGCAGUAUAUAUUUUGUUGAUUGUACAUCAGUCUCGUUUAUAACGUAUUAUAUUUGUUGAUUAGCGGAUAAAUAACUUUUUGUUAUAAAGAGCAUAGUAAGAAAAAAAAUUAGUAAGAAAGUGAAUUGGGGGGGAUAUUUGCAUCACAUUUGUGCAUGCAAUAUUUAGACUAAAGAGGAUUAUAUAACAGCUUUAAUUUUUUAAAUUUGAAUUGUUCAAUUUGUCCUACUAUUAUCAUUUUCUUUUCACAAAUAAACUCCUUGGACAAUCUUGGAAUUAUAUCUUCUUUUUAGAUAAGAGACUAUUAAAAAUUGUUAGUCGCUUUUAAUUUUUAUAUUUUAAUAAUAUUAACAGUUUAUCUUAUUUUAGUUAUCUUUAGUUUAGACUUUUGAGUAAAAUAUUUUAAAUUGCAAUAAUAACAACAGCCUUGUAUCUUUCGUUAAAUUGUAGGGAAUUAAAGGAAUGUGAUAAAAAUUCGUCAAUGAAAUGUGAAAAGUGCAAUUGAUAGGCUAUACAAAUGUUAAUGUAUCAUUUGUUUUUUAAUAAGACUAAAAGAUUCGGCAUAUGUAUUUCACCAAACAAUUUAAGCGUCACACUGUUCAGUUGCAAUUAAUUAACUUUGCAAAAAGCUAUACAUGUAGGCCUUAUCAUUUUGAUUUGACAGUCUUUGGCAUAGAUCAGUAUCUAUUUCUAUAUUCAAUCUAAUGCGUUAUAAAUUAUAAUAUUCAUAUCUGUGAUUCUUUGAGUGAUCUGUGAUUGCUGAAGUUUUUUUUUAAGAAAAAAAAACUUGAUAUGUGUCGUUGUUUGUUGUGUGAGUUUAUGUUACAGAAUUAAUAAAGCUAACUUUC